AUGCUUCAAAGCCAAAGACGUGGACUCGAUUGGAUUUUGCUCGUUGUCGAAAGCAGAGGGAUAGCGUAUACCCGACUUGCAUCUACAUGCUGGAUACCCAAGUUUCCAAAUCUUUCCCUGUCAAACGGUGGACCAGGGCCAGCGCCUAGCACGUACCCUUGGUGCCCACCGUGCAACUGCAGUCGUCGUCUCCUGGCACUGCGCUGCUUCUGUGUUAUUGCCCCUCCAGCCCCGCCUCGCGCUGGAUCUCACUCACUGCGUUGUCCACGCUACGGAGUACGCCGCACAUCCGAGGUCCAGGACUGCACACUCCGAAGCCCUCUCGCGUUUCGUUGGUAUUGGUAUAUGACUGUCGACGCGCCAGAGCUUCUUGAGAAGCUGAGAAUCACCGAUGCUGGUGCCAAUGGAGCCGACAUGUCAAGUUCGACUUCGGCCGCAGCAAACGGGACUGGAAAGGAAGUUGACGACGGCUCGGACGACGAUGGCACUGAAAACCCCCCCGCAGUAGCUGCCGAGCACAGCACUGCGAAGAAAAAGAAGAACAAAAAGAGGAAGCCCAAGAAGAAGCAACCCAAGGUCCAGACCGAUCCGCCAUCGAUUCCCCUCUCGCAGCUAUUCCCGAACAACUCCUAUCCCAAGGGUGAAGAGGUCGAGUACAAGGACGAGAAUCGCUAUCGCACGACGAGCGAGGAGAAACGUCACCUCGACAACCUGAAUAGCGACUUCCUCUCGGACUACCGUCAGGCAGCGGAAGCGCAUCGCCAGGUCCGUCAGUGGGCGCAGAGAAACAUCAAGCCCGGUCAAACGCUGCUGGAGAUUGCGAAUGGCAUCGAGGAGAGCGCGCGAUGCCUGGUGGGCCAUGACGGCUUAACGGAGGGGGACUCCUUGAUCGCCGGCAUGGGGUUUCCCACGGGGUUGAACAUCGAUAACAUUGUCGCCCACUACAGCCCCAAUGCCGGCUGCAAGACCGUCCUGGCGCAGAACAAUGUCCUCAAGGUCGAUAUUGGCAUUCAUGUCGGCGGUCGCAUUGUCGACAGUGCCUUCACCAUGGCGUUUGAUCCCAUGUACGAUAACCUGCUCGCGGCGGUCAAGGAUGCCACCAACACGGGGGUGCGCGAAGCGGGCAUCGAUGUCCGUGUGGGCGAACUAGGCGGCUACAUCCAGGAGGCGAUGGAAAGCUACGAGUGCGAAAUCCGCGGCAAGACGUACCCGAUCAAGGCGAUUCGCAACCUGUGUGGCCACACGAUCCUGCCGUACUCCAUCCAUGGCACCAAGAAUGUCCCCUUUGUCAAGUCGAACGACAUGACCAAGAUGGAGGAAGGGGACGUCUUUGCCAUCGAAACCUUUGGGAGUACCGGCAGUGGCCGAUACGUCGAAGGAGGCGAGGUCUCCCAUUACGCCCUGCGCGGGGACGCGGACCGAAAAGACUUGACGUUGUCUUCGGCCAGGUCCCUCUUGACAGCCAUCAAGAAGAACUUUAGCACGAUCCCCUUCUGCCGGCGCUAUUUGGACCGGAUUGGCCAAGAGAAGUAUCUCCUCGGUCUGAAUUACCUGGUGAAAUCCGGCAUUGUGGAAGACUAUCCCCCUCUGAACGAGAAGCCAGGGACGUAUACGGCCCAGUUCGAACACACCAUUCUGCUUCGACCCACCGUCAAAGAGGUGAUUAGUCGUGGCGACGACUACUAG